AUGGGGCAAUUAGUACCUCAUGUAGCAUCCGGUUUUGUAUUCACUCUUCUUGGCCUUUGGCAUACUGUGAAUACAAUCAAAACCUACAAUCUCAGAGGCUCUUCAAAUUUCAAAGUACGUUUUUGGUACCCUCUUGAUCGACCUUUUUCCAAAUUCAAGUACUUGGAGCUCAUUUUCAUGUUCUCUUUUUCGAUCAUUGCAAUUUUCAGACAAUUUUGGGACUACCCUUUUGUUCAUUUGUCUUUCAAAGUCAUCAACUUGGAGCACGCUACCAUGUUCCUACACCUUGCCAUAUUUUCAGGUUUUACCCUCUAUAACGAGUUGAAUCGCUCGUCAAAUGUAUUAUUUGGUAUCGAUGGUGUCUUUGCAGUCUGUGUUUUCAGUCAGGAGCUAUUCUUGCUCCAUUUCCACUCAGCUGACCAUAAUGGCAUCGAAGGCCAUUACCAUUGGCUCUUGCAAGUGAUAGUGUUCGCGUCUCUUGUGUCUGUACUCGUAGCUGCUUGUUGUCCUACCAACUUCCCUGCAGCUCUUAUUCUUUCAUUAUUGGUUGUUUUGCAAGGGUGUUGGUUUAUGAUCAUGGGGUUCAUGCUAUGGGUUCCAAACUUAGUUCCUAAGGGCUGCAGUAUGAGGAUAAUGGACAACGGCAAAGAUGAAAUGCUUGGAGCAGUCAUUUGUGCCUCCGAAGAAGCUGAUAUGAGGGCACGGGCACUCGCCAACCUGCAAUUCAGCUGGAUACUAGCAGGAAUUCUUAUGUUUACUGGAUUUAUAAGCAUCAAAUGUACUAAAUCUGAAAAUUGCAGCUCGAAGAUCCAAUUAACGGAUUAUGAGCAGCUUUGA